AUGGUCCUUUGUAUUAAUGCGGGUAGAGCUGAUGGCGAGCAAGAAUCACCCUCAUCUCGUCCGUCUGCAGGGGUACAACGGACGCCAAGACUCACUCCUUACCACCUUCCCCCGAACCACUCCCCUCUCCCCUCUCCUCGCAUCACCCACACCUGGUCCGCCUGCUGGGCUACUACGUUACAAUGGACGCCAAGACUCACUCCUCACCACCUGCCCCCUAACACUCCCCCCCAUCUCCUCCGGCCCCUCUCUCCUCCCGCUCCCCGUACACAAGUAGAGCUGAUGGCGAGCAAGCAUCACCCUCACCUGGUGCGCCUGCUGGGGUACUGCGUUACCACAGACGCCAAGACUCACUCCUCACCACCUGCCCCCAAACACUCCUCCCUCUCUCCUCCCGCUCCCCCUUCACAGGUAGAGCUGAUGGCGAGCAAGCAUCACCCCCAUCUCGUCCGCCUGCUGGGGUACUGCGUUUCAACGGAUGCCAAGACUCACGAGCAGGAGCAGAUCAUCAUCUAUGAGUUCAUGGAGAAUGGGGAUUUGGAGCGUGUGUUGAAAAACCUCGCUUCACGGCCUGUGAGCCUGCAGCAGCGGCUGGAGAUGAUGAUAGGAGCAGCAAGGGGCCUGGAGUACCUUCACAGCUUCUCAAUGGUGCAUCGAGAUGUGAAACCAGCCAACAUUCUGUUAGACGGCAACUGGCAGGUAUGCCUGGAGUACCUGCACGGCUUCUCAAUGGUGCAUCGGGAUGUGAAGCCAGCAAACAUUCUCCUGGACGGCAACUGGCAGUACCUGCACGGCUUCUCAAUGGUGCAUCGGGAUGUGAAGCCAGCAAACAUUCUCCUGGACGGCAACUGGCAGGUGCGCGUGUGUGAGUCAAUUGGUAUAUGUUGUUUUAUCACACUCAGCACUGAGGGGCCUGGAGUACUUGCACGGCUUCUCAAUGGUGCAUCGGGAUGUGAAGCCAGCAAACAUUCUCCUGGACGGCAACUGGCAGGUGCGUGUGUGUGA